AUGCAGCCCCUCUUCUUCAGGGUUUCAGGAUGUUUGGGCCGAGAGGGGCAGGUCAUGGCGGAGCCGUGCAGGCGAGGCCUCAGCAGCGGCAGCGAGUGGACGGGACAGGAGAGCUUGGCCCAGGAUGAUCCAGAGAUGUGGAGUCUCCUGCAGCAGGAGAAGGACCGGCAAUGUCGGGGACUGGAGCUCAUUGCAUCAGAGAACUUCUGCAGUCGUGCAGCACUUGAGGCCCAAGGCUCCUGUCUGAACAACAAAUAUUCUGAAGGAUACCCGGGACAAAGGUACUACGGAGGUGCAGAGAUCGUAGAUCAGAUUGAGCUGCUGUGUCAGAAGCGGGCACUCACCACCUUCGGUCUGGACCCAAAUCUGUGGGGCAUCAAUGUCCAGCCGUACUCUGGAUCUCCCGCUAACUUUGCAGCCUACACAUCUGUACUGCAGCCUCAUGACCGCAUCAUGGGCCUCGAUCUGCCUGACGGAGGACACCUUACCCACGGCUACAUGACAGAUGCCAAGAGAAUCUCAGCCACCUCCAUCUACUUUGAAUCUAUGCCUUACAAACUGGAUCCCAAAACAGGUCUGAUAGAUUAUGACCAGCUGGAGAAGACGGCCCGCCUCUUCAGACCCAGACUGAUCAUAGCAGGAACCAGCGCCUACGCCCGCCUCAUUGACUACUCUCGCAUGAAGAAGUUGUGUGUGGAGCUGAAUGCCUAUCUGCUGGCGGAUAUGGCUCAUAUUAGCGGCCUGGUGGCAGCAGGAGCUGUUCCUUCUCCUUUUCAGCAUGCCGACCUGGUCACCUCCACUACCCAUAAGUCCCUGCGUGGAGCAAGGGCUGGUCUGAUCUUCUACCGAAAAGGUGUCCGGUCUGUGGAUAAGAAAGGUCGGGAGGUGAUGUAUGACCUCCAGGACAGGGUGAACUUUGCUGUGUUCCCGUCACUUCAGGGUGGACCUCACAACCAUGCUAUCGCAGGGGUGGCAGUCGCCCUCAAACAGGCUUCCACUCCCAUGUUCAAACAGUACAUCGCUCAAGUGCUGCUGAACGCCAAGACCAUGGCUAACGCUCUGCUGAAGAAAGGCUACACCCUGGUGUCAGGUGGAACAGACAACCACCUGGUUUUGGUUGACCUUCGACCUCGCGGGAUGGACGGGGCUCGAGCUGAGAGGGUCCUGGAGCUGGUGUCCAUCACCGCUAACAAGAACACCUGUCCCGGAGACAAGAGCGCCCUCACCCCAGGAGGACUCAGACUCGGAGCUCCGGCUCUGACCUCCCGACAGUUCAAGGAGGCAGACUUUCAGAAGGUUGUGGAGUUUAUUGAUGAAGGAAUUCAGAUUGCGCUGGAUGUGAAGAAGAAGACUGGUAAUCUGGCCAGCUUCAAGUCCUUCCUGCUGGAGGAUCCAGAGACAGUGUCGCGCAUCGCAGAGCUCCGCCAGCGGGUGGAGCUAUUCGCCAGGCCCUUCCCCAUGCCGGGAUUCAAUGACCACUAACUGACCACUAACAACGUCAACCCCACCACAGUUAGAAUGUAGUUUCCCCGUCACAUCAUGGACAUAUCCUUUUGAAUUCUUCCCAAUUUAGAUUGUUUUCAAUAAUUUUGCAAUGUAAACAAGCGCUGUUUCAAAAUGCU